CAGUCCGCCCCCUACUCCCGUUACCCUCCACCUCUCCAGCUCCCACCCCUGCGUGUGGGGCUUGGAAACCCGAGAGGAAAUGACUGAGCCGCUCUGGUCCCCGCCUGUCGGCGCCUUCGCCCCUGGCCACACCCUCCGCCCGGAGGCCGCUCACACGCGGUACUCUCACACUCCAGGCUAGAGACUCUGGGCUCCGAUGUAAGUCCCUCAUUUGCUUGAUCCUCAUGCUCAGGGCCACGCAUGCAGGUGAUGUCACCGUCCAGUCGCCUGCGUCUCCUCACCAUUGUCGCCCUGAUUCUGCCCAGCAGAGGGCAGACAUCAGAAAAGGCCGUAUCCAGUUUCACGGUGAACCAAACUUCGGUGAAUACUCAUGUCCCAGUUCCAGAUAAAACCAGCCCAGAAGUACCGCCCACCCCUCCCUUCCCAACCAGGAGAGCAGACGAAGCCACAGGAACCCAGACAGUGGCCAAAACCAAGACCCAGCAACCGACAGGAAUGAACACCACUAAGCCAAUGACAAAUCGAGGGACACACAAAAGCAGCAAGAAAGGUAAGAGCCCCGUUUCGGAUGAGAAGGACCCCUUCUACUAUGAUGACGCCACUCUCCGGAAACGGGGGCUGCUGGUGGCCGCGGUGCUGUUCAUCACCGGCAUUGUCAUCCUCACCAGUGGGAAGUACAGACAAUUGUCUCGACUGUGCCUGAGUCGCCACAGAGCCUACCGAGUGGUCAACACAAAAGGAUCCUCAAAGGAAGAGACCUCUGAAGGGAGGCGGGCCUAAGGCUGAAGGUCUCCCCACCCUGAGGGAGCCUGGCUCUCCAGGCACUGCUGUGUUCCUAUCUGUCCUGUUCAGAUAAAGCCGCGUGAUCUUUCUCCCAUGGCCUCUGUCUUCUGUGAUU